AGCAAACAACCAGCCCUAAAACCGAGCGCGGCCAUGUUGAAUUAUCAAUACUCUGAAAGAAGAGUCAAAAGAGUGGAUUUCAUGAAACAACGAGUGUUAACCAAACUUGAUUAAGCUGCCGAUAAAACGUUAAGCAACGACAGAAGGGCGAAGCCGUGGGGCGGAUGUAGCAAAGCGAAGGUAGCAUCGUUUUCUGACUGGGUAACCUGGAUUUUUGUUGAUCGGCAAAGCACUUCGCAGACAGCCAUCUCUACUACUGCUGCAGACGCCAAGGAAACGGGAACAAGAUAACCACACACAUUUACAGUGCACUGUCCAUGUUAAAGAAAAGAUUCCUGGAGUGACUUUCUGAGCCAGUAUUAAGCUCCAGCAAACACUUUUGAAGACGUCUUGAUGUAACAGGAGCCAGUUGUAUCAAUCUGAGACGUGACCAAGCAGAUCGUAUUUUCCUUCUGGCCAUUUUGAAUGUAUAAACGCAGCACUUGGACUUAAAAAGCCAAGAUACUCAAAGAAUACACAAAGAAAAUUCAAGGUUGUUAGUACAGUAAGGAUAAGAGUACAUUGAGACAAACUUUUUGGAAGAAAAAUAAGAGUUUAUGUUUUGGUCACAUAUUUGAUUUAUUUAUUCACAUGUUAAUUUCUCCCUUUUUUGGAGAGUUGUCUUGUAAAUAGACAGAAUUCAUAUGCAGACUUCUUCUUUUCAAGAGGUCUGAAUGUCAUAAUACAUUCUUUAAAAAGAAAAGAUAGAAAAAGUUUUUUAUUUUUCCAGUUUUUACUUUCCUUUUUUUUGUACACACGGGUGCAUUAAGCAAAAACAUAAGUGAAAGAGAGGCAAAUACAAAUUUUACACACUGUAAGGAGAAUUGCUCAUUAAGGUGUAGAACUCAUGGCUACAGCAAGAACAGCAAACCCAGCACCAAUGAUUGGAUUGAACAAAGCAGCAAAUGGGCAGUUCAGAGGACAGACCAAGCCAGCUGGACCACAGUCAGGACUCCUUGCAACUGUCCAACAGUCCGGUGAUCCCCAGAAAAGGAGCAGUAUUCCUCAGAACAGUGGGGGCAUCAGGUUUGGGGAUGACUGGAAGAAGUGCCUGGAGCUUCCCCCAAAAGACACCAGGUUGAAAACUUCGGAUGUGACAUCAACUAAGGGAAAUGAAUUUGAAGACUACUGCCUAAAGCGGGAGCUUCUAAUGGGAAUCUUUGAGAUGGGGUGGGAGAAACCCUCCCCUGUCCAGGAGGAAAGUAUUCCCAUUGCCCUGUCAGGCAGGGACAUUUUGGCUCGGGCCAAGAAUGGCACAGGAAAAAGUGGAGCUUACCUCAUUCCUUUGCUGGAGAGGAUAGACCUGAAGAAGGAUCACAUCCAGGCAAUGGUGUUGGUGCCAACCAGAGAGUUGGCGCUGCAGAUGAGCCAGAUCAGCAUUCAGCUCAGCAAGCACCUAGGAGGGGUCAAGGUCAUGGCUACCACAGGUGGCACGAAUUUGAGGGAUGACAUCAUGCGUCUUGAUGAGAUAGUGCAUGUAGUGAUUGCUACGCCAGGCAGGAUCCUCGACCUGAUUAAGAAGGGUGUGGCAAAAGUGAAUAAAACCCAAAUGAUGGUGAUGGAUGAGGCAGAUAAGCUGCUGUCCCAGGACUUUGUGGUCCUGAUUGAAGAUAUUAUCAGCUUCUUGCCAAAGGAUCGUCAGAUCCUACUUUACUCUGCCACCUUCCCCAUCAGUGUGCAGAAAUUCAUGAGCAAACACCUGCAGAAGCCUUAUGAGAUCAACCUGAUGGAGGAACUGACCCUGAAGGGCAUCACCCAGUACUAUGCCUAUGUGACUGAAAGACAGAAGGUCCACUGUCUCAACACGCUCUUUUCUAGGCUUCAGAUCAAUCAGUCUAUCAUCUUCUGUAACUCCACCCAAAGGGUUGAGCUUCUGGCAAAGAAAAUCACCCAACUGGGCUAUUCGUGCUUCUACAUUCAUGCAAAGAUGAUGCAGGAGUACAGGAACCGUGUGUUCCAUGACUUCAGGAAUGGAUUGUGCAGAAACCUGGUCUGCACAGACCUGUUCACUCGGGGAAUUGACAUCCAGGCAGUAAAUGUGGUCAUCAAUUUUGACUUCCCCAAAAACGCAGAGACCUACCUGCACCGCAUUGGCAGAUCAGGGCGUUUUGGUCACCUGGGUCUGGCCAUCAAUCUGAUAACUUCAGAUGACCGCUACAACCUGAAAACUAUCGAGGAUCAGCUAGUUACUGACAUCAAGCCCAUCCCCAGCAGCAUCGAUAAGAGCCUGUACGUGGCAGAGUUUCAUUCUGUUGACCCAGAUGAUGAUGACAAUGACGGAGAGCUCAAAAACAAGGAACUGGGAGCAGCCUGAAUAAAUGGAGAAACAUGGUGUCUGGCAUUCAUCACACAAUGCUGUUUACUCAUCACAAAAGGCUUUAAAGGAAGACGUCUGGUCCCCACUUUGCAAUCAGAAUGGUCUGUUUUAGUUGUAUUUUCAUUUCCAGCUUGAAUUUAUAGCAAACACCAGCCUGCCUGUUCUUGUAAAUUGGUUCUUUAUCGAAAACUGCCACUUUAAUUAGUUUAACUUUCUGCCACACUGCCAGAUGAAAGAGAGAGAAAUUUGUUCUAAGCCCCUUUUCUGCUUUGCUUUAAAAAUGAAAAUGUGAAACCAAAGGUGAAUUUGGAGGCCAGAGCCCAGGGAUAACAUCCUUCAAAGAUGGAAGAGUACAGAAAUAAUUGCAUAUGUUUUGAUCAAAAUAACCGCAGAAACCAAAAUGAUCCCUUUGCUCUGAAGCAGUGAACUGAAACAGUGUUUCUGACAAUGAACUCUACUUUUUAUAUUCACAUAUUAACCGCAGUAAUAAGGUGUUCAGAGAAAACAGUAUAAUGUCAGUGACACUGUAGUGCAUUUUGUAAAAGCACAGACUCAACAAUGACAGUCAGUAUUGAACUUUGAGAAAUCUCUUAAAUCCUUUUACAGCCAUACCACUAGGCAGUAUUUUCUCAGGUCUUUAGGUUAUCAGUAAUAAACAGGACAGGAUGAGGGGCCUUAUUUUUCAUUAGUUUGAAUCCAGCCAACGUGUUCAGUCAUCUUGAUGUAGUUUCUGUGCCCAUUCUUCCCUACAAAGUGCCUUAGUCUCUGUCAAACUUUUGUUUGGCCCAGUCUCUUGUCACAUCCUCGUCUUGAAGGUAAAAUGGCACCCAAACAGUUCAUCAGUUUUGAAAGCACAGUUGCACUCUGAAAGGAUUUGCAGUUUUUCUCUCUGUUUGUCUUGUAACAAAAUAUGACCAACUAGAGUUGCUGUUUGUUGUGUGAAAUGUUACAAUCUUGGAGGUCUUGACUCCAUCGCAAUGCCACAAAAAGUGUAUAUAUAUCUCAAAUUUAUAACAUUAACACUGUGAAAUUUCCACCAGAUGUUUAUGUUGCAUCUUUGUCUGGCCAUGACAGUACUACCAAGCACCAGCAGGGAAUGGGCCCACUUCCUCUUCCAAAACAUCUAAUGUAGAAAUUAGCCCUCACUUUCUUAAUUUCUGGCACUGUAGAUUUUGGUUCCCCAAUUAUUUAGCCACUGUGCAGGGAACAGUUGAAACAGUUAAUAUCAUGUGAUAGACCAUUUUAUAUGUGGGUUUGCAACCUGAGGUCACAUUUGUCCCAUCACUGCAUUUGGGAGAAAUAAAUACCUUCAUAACUUGAUGACCAGAUGUUUUGUUAAGUAGAAAGACAGCUAAGACUUUCCAAGUGUGUCAAUGCCAGAGCCUCAAACUCAGAUAAAUUAAAGUCUACCUGACUGACA